UCUAUCCAAAUGUAUUGUUCUUUACUGUAAUUAUACUGACAAAUUUCAACAGUGCGCUAUUAUUGUGUGACGCACUGCUUCCUGCUUCCCGACCGGUGCUCCAUCACUUCCGCUGCCGUUGCUGCGACACGGGACCUCAACAGCGAUGGCUGACAAGGAGAAGCGCCGGUCUGCGGCUCUUCCUUCGGGGAUGUCCUCAGGCAAAGCCGUCAAAUCGGACACCGACAGGGAGUUCCUGGAGCAGGCCGGCGUCGGGGACCUGCUCCGCGGGGCCAUCCUGAAGAUGGUCGAAGCCAGGUCGGAUGAUCCCAUCGGGUUCCUGGCCGACCACUUCUGCAACCUGGCCUCGGUUACGGACAGCGGGACGGCUGGAUGCGGGGAUGAAGACCAGCAGCAGCAGCAGCAGCAGCUGCAGAGCACCGGCCUUGCGGGCGCAGGCGCACAAGAGCAGCAGCGUCUCAACAGGGCGCUAUGGCACCUGCGGCUGGCACAUCACUCUCAGAGAUCAGCUUUCAGCAACAAUGUUCGUGUGGCAUACGACCUCCUGAACCUUAACGGGUGUCUAAGGCAGGCAAGUGAGAAUCCGGAGGGCCCAGAUGGUUCCUGCCUUGACGUCCCUCCUGACUCAGAGGGCAGCGGGGGCGUAAAAGGAGGUCUCUACAUGCAGACUCUGGAGUGCCUCUGCAGUGAAGGCGGCGUCCCUGCCUCGACCUCCGCCCCGCUCCUGCGACGUCUCUGUUGUCAGGACCACGAAGCUGUCCCUUACGAUGUCUUCCGUCACGGCGUGCUCACCUGUGCUGUUUUCUCGGACUACAUCCGGCAGGCUCAGAGGCUUUACGCCGAGGUGUGCUGCCCCGAUCAGGGCCCCGCUUCCAGGGCGCUGUGCUCCGCGGUGCUUGGGACCUUAAAGGAAGCGCUCGAAACCUCCCAGGACUGUGACGCAAACUGCUUCGUUAAUGCCAACACUAAAUCUAGUGCUUGUUUGGAAGCAAAUGCGAAGGCUAUCCGCUACUUGGAGGCCAGCGCCAAGAUAUCCCCGCACAAACUGGCGCAGGCCAUGGCCGAAUCCCAGACCCGCGGGCCCGGUGGCGACAUGGACGCAAAAGAGUUUGAAAACGCAGCCGCAGACCUGUUCAUCGCUCGUGUAAAAGUUGUAUCCUAGAGCUACUUAGAGGUCAUGAAUGUACAGCAAUAAGCAAUCCUUAGAAUGUAUUCAUCUCUAACAUGCAUCUGAAAACUCCAGAAUAAAAACAAACCUUAACACUAACAAUAAACUCAGUCAAAACUUUUGAUUUCUGAUAUUUUAUCAAAUCAGCUCCUAUAAGUAUUCAUCCUCAGAAACAGUUUUUUAAUGUAAAAAAACCAAAACAAAACAAAAACAACACGUAUUUCUGCAAGCGUAGUUACUUUUUUUAGUAUCUAGAUCACAGAUUCUUUUAGGGAGAGACAUUUUGAAAUAGUAGUACAAGCCCUUGACUUGUUGGUUACAUCAUUAAAAACAAAAAGGAAAAAAUAAAUCUUAUCUAUUGCUGCUGAAUGCUUUUUUUUUAAAGGAUGUGAUUUAAUUAAACGUGCAGGUCAUUAUUUCCCAGAAGUCUUGUAUUUCCAAAUUGGAAAAGUAACAAAAAUAUCAAUCAGAAUUCCUAUGUUGGCAGGCUGAGGUGUCUCUCCAACCUCACUAUCAAAAUCUAAUAUGGCUGCCACAUAAAAUUUAGCUACACCUGCUGUAAGAAAUGUUGAUUAGCCCUUCUGAUGAUUUGUGUCUCAAACUUUUCAUGCAUACACAGAACCUCUUUUUGUAAAUAUUGCUCACCAAGCAAUAUUAUUUGAAAGAAAAUACAGAAACAUACAUUUUUUUAUUUUACAAUCAAUGAAGAGGCUAGCCUCAUUUAGGGGUUCCUUUUCAUCCAAAGUUGCGAACUCGCACCUGAUCCUCCCAAGAAAAUUGGCAUUGACGAGGAGGGGAAUCAAAACAUUCUCCAUUUGGGUUCUCUAUUGUGACUAAAUGUGUCAAAAAAUGGGGAUGAUAAUGACAUUCUAAAAACAACCCAACGUGUCUGGAAACUUCUACCAAAUCAUUGCGUCACUAAACAUUUAGGUCUGAGAAGAAAGUAAAAAAUUAAUUACAAGCACAGGACAAUAAAGUACUACCAUUACUACUACUACUACUACUACUACUACUACU